GCAACCCAUCAUGAACACCAAACCCCUCUCUAAACUCCCAUUUCCAACGACCCCACCCUCGAACCCAUUCAGCACAUCAAUCCUAGACCAAGUGUCCACUGCUUCCUUGGGAGAAUCCAAUUUUGGCUUCUGGCCUUGUGCCUCCUGCGGGCGAGCAGGCGGAAUGGACGACCAGGGCUUCCUUGGGCGGAAUAUUGGCAGAGGGAUUUAGGGAUUUGUGCGGGCUAGCUCCUCGGGUGGAACAGUUUGAGAUUUGGCUGGUUAUGCGAGGAUGGAAUCAUCCGAGUUGGUAGGGUGCGGGUUUUAGAGCGUAAUAGGGGUGAGAUAGAUUGGUCCUGUUUUUAAGUGAAAUUGGGAAAUUAGUGAGACUCGACCGUGAAAGUUACUUGCAACUAACACUCUUGAGAAGUGAAUUUCCCUCGUCUGAGUUUGACUCUUCUAACCUAAAGCGUAUGACUCCAC